AUGGAAAAAGUAGAUACAGCAAACAAUGAUGGUGAAAAAUGCAAGAAUAACAUGUUUAUAAUAAAAAGGAUAUUUUGUGAUUUAAAAAAUUUAUUUCCAAAAAGUAAAGUACAAUAUACAUAUGUAAAUGUAUUAUUAUUAUCUUUAUUUUUUACCUUUAUACAUAAAUAUUUGGAUCAGACAUUACCAUCAUUAUAUAAAUCAAUCGAAAACGAUUUCAAUGUUGAUGUGAAAAGUUUAUAUUAUAUGAACACCCUAUAUAAGUUAGCAUAUUCAGCUUCGAACUUUUUUUUUGCUUUAUUUUUUGAUUAUACUUUUAAAAGAAUCGUUUGUACAAAAUAUUAUGAUAAAGAAAAAGAAGAAGAUCGAAGUACCAAUAAUACGACGAAUUAUGAAGUAAGUGUAAAAAAUGAUAGUGAUUACAAAGAAACGACAAAAUUAAUAGAUGAUAUGAGUAUCCAAACAAAUUACAAAGAGGAAGAUAUAUCAUGUGUUAAUAUAAGUAAAGAAGAAAAAGAAGAAGAAAUAAUAUUUCAUUCAGUAGAUGAUUCAGAUGAUUUAUUUAAGAAAUCCGAAGAUGUUACAAUAAGUGAAUAUGGUUAUAUUUUAAAUAUUCUUAUUAUAUCUUCUAUAAUAUAUAUAAUAGUCAUUUUAGGUAUUAUGAUUUCAAAUAGUAUAUUUAACUUUUUCUUUUUUAUGUUUGUGAUGGGUAUAAAUAAUUCAUGUAUAUAUAUAUUAAUACAAAAAAUAUAUACAAAUAAUGUAUUUAGUGAAAAUAGAAGCACCAUUUUUGGUUUCCUUCAUUUCUUUUCAUCUGUAUCUCAUAUGUUAUCCAUAUCAAUAAAUACAAAUUUGAGCAAUAAAUUAUAUUAUGGAUUUACUGGUUGGCGUAUUUGUUAUUUUAUUAUUUCCUUUUUUCCAGUUUUUGUUUGCAUCUUCAUUUUUAAAUUAAUAAGAAAUCAUAAAUUAAAAAAAAAUAAAACUAAAGAGAACUUUAUGAUGAAUUAUGUACUCUCGUUUGAUAAACUUACAGAUGUUUUUAAUGAGCCAAAAAAAAAGAAAAAGAAAUUAGAUAAAUUAGAGGAGCUUGAGGAACAAUAUCCAUCAUUGUAUUAUAAAAAAGAUAAAAUGGAUACAAAAUGUUCUAGUAAAAAAAAAGAACAAGAAGAUCAUAUUAUUCUAGAAGAUAAUGAAUAUAAUAAAAAAAAAAUAAGUCCCAAUGUAAAAGUAAAUACAUAUGAAGAUAAUUUUAACUUCAGUGAAGAAAAAAGUCCAAAAAAAAAAAAUGAAUAUAGAAAUUUAGAAAAUAAGGAAAUGAGUGAAAUAAUGAAUGGUACAACAAAAAUGAAUGAUGAUAAAAAUAUGAAUUCCAAGAAUAUUACUAAUUUUAAAAUGGAUAGUAAUAAUAUUACCAGAAGAAGUUAUAGCAGAUCAUAUAUAAAAGAAAAUCAAUUAAAAAUACAAAAUAAUAAUAAUAAUAAUAAUGAAUCUGAAGAAAAUUAUGUGAAUAACAUAUAUCAAACAUCAAAUGUUUUAUUAAAAUCUUCUUCAAUACCUUAUGAGAAUUAUAAAAAAAAAUUAUAUGAAAAUAAAAAUACGUUUUCAAUAUUUAAGAAUAAUAAUAAUAAUAAUAAUAAUAAUAAUAAUAAUAAUAAUAGGUAUGAAAAAAAUGAUAAAAACGAUAACAGAGGUGAAAUGGAUGAACUUUUAGGAAAUGAAAAACAGAAUACAUCAAAAUAUGAAUUUUCUUAUUUGUAUGAAAUAAAGUAUGUUUUUAAAAACUACAGUUUUUGGUUAAUGAUAACUAUGGGUAUGUUGAAUGGAAUACCUAAGCAUGUUUUAAGUUUAAUGAUUUAUUUUUUCCAGUAUUGUAAUAUAUCUGAUUUUAAAAGUGGUUUUAUCAUUUCAGUUAGCUGGUUGUGUGCAAGUUUAAUAUCACCAUUCAUUGGAAUUAUAAGUGAUUAUAUAUACAAAUUAAAUAAAGAUAUAAAUCGUCAACGUAUAGGAAUGUAUACACAUUGUUUUAGAAUUUUUCUUAUGUUUACGUUAUUUUAUUUUAUUCCAAAAGAAGCUACCUCUUUUAUAUAUUUUGUAAUUAUUUCAUUAUUUAUGGGAAUAUUAAGUGGAUGGAUAAAUAUUGGAACACACAAACCUAUCAUAAUCGAUAUAGUGAAACAAAGACAUACUGCUUUUAUUAUGGCAUUAAUGAAUGCAUUUGAAAAUAUAGGGUCUUCAAUUAUUGGAACAUUUUUAUUAUCUCAUUUGUUAAAUAAAUAUGAUUAUAUUGAUAAAAAAAAAAUACAUACUGUUGUAAAUGUCAAUGUUAACAAACACAAUGUUAAUGUUUUAUCAGAUGUCUUAUUAAUACUUACGUGUUUUCCGUGGUUAUUAUCUUUCUGUCUUUUAUAUGCUCUUAAAUAUACAUAUAAGAAGGAUAAAUUAUAUAAUAAUCUAAUAUAA